CGCAGGUGAGCCGGGAUCGCCCCUCGCUUCCCGCUUCCGCCCAGGUGAGCGCCGCCGGCCAUCCCGCCGCUCCCGCAUCCCGCCGCUCCCGCAUCCCCGCAUCCCGCCCCCGGCACCGCCGCCGCCGCCUCCCGCCCGCAGUGCCUGGAGCAGUCGGUGUGUGCUCGACAGCAUUUUUGUAAAUCCUGCAGCAUUGCACAGAGCAGAGGUGGUUUCAGAGGAAAGCCUCAGCUAGGUUAUUCUGAGCAAUUCCAAAAACACCCCUCAACAUGCCCGAAAAUCCAGCAGCAGAUAAGCAGCAGGUGCUGCAGAUCCUGGAUCGCCUGCAGGCAAAGCUGCAGGAGAGAAGGGAUUCCCAGCACCAGGAGAACCUGGCUGUGCUACGGAACACCCUCAGGAGCCCCCUGUUCAACCAGAUCCUGACUCUCCAGCAAUCCAUCAAGCAGCUGAAGGAGCAACUCAAUUACAUUCCUCCCAACCGCUCAGUGGAUUUUGAUUUUACCAAGAGGGGGCUGUUGGUGUUUGCUGACAAAUCAGUCACUGCUGGGACACCUUGCACUUCACCUGGACCUAAAGCAUCAGCCUUCACUCCAAACCUGGGAGUUAAUGAAUUUAACAUGAUCAUCCAGCAAAUGGCAAGGGGAAGACAAAUAGAAUCAAUAACAAUUGAUAAACCUUCUGUUGGUGGUCUCGGGUUUAGUGUGGUUGCCCUGAAAAAUCCCAGCCUGGGAGAAGUUGGUAUCUUUGUCAAGGAAGUCCAGCCAGGAAGCAUAGCUGACAGGGAUCAAAGGCUGAGGGAAAAUGACCACAUACUGGCCAUUAAUUGCACGCCAUUGGAUCAGAACAUUUCCCAUCAGCACGCCAUUGCCCUCCUCCAGCAAUCCACGGGAUCCCUGCAUCUGGUGGUGGCUCGGGAGCCACUUCAAGGGAACAGCAGAACUGCCUUAAGUGAUGUAAAUCCACCUGAGACUAUUCACUGGGGCCACAUCGAAGACGUUGAGCUGAUUAACGAUGGCUCAGGAUUAGGCUUUGGAAUUGUAGGAGGAAAGUCGAGCGGAGUAGUUGUAAGAACAAUUGUUCCUGGGGGAUUAGCAGAUCGGGACGGCAGGCUGCAGACAGGAGAUCACAUCUUGCAGAUUGGAGGGACCAACGUGCAGGGAAUGACCAGUGAGCAAGUGGCCCAAGUGCUGAGGAACUGCGGGAAUUCUGUGUGGAUGAUCGUGGCCAGGGACCCCAGGAGUGAAGCCCAGGAGGCUCCACCAGCCCCCCUGAGCUGGCCAGUCAGCACCUUACCUUCCCUUCAGGAUGGAAAUGAUAAUGACAACUUUUUUGACACCUAUGACGUUGAACUUAUAAAAAAGAAUGGGCAAAGCCUGGGAAUAACAAUUGUUGGAUAUGCUGGCACAUGUGAUAUAGAACCUUCAGGGAUUUUUGUGAAAAAUAUAAUUCCUGGUAGUGCUGCCGACCACAAUGGCCAAAUUCAUGUUCAUGACAAAAUUGUUGCUGUCGAUGGAGUCAACAUACAGGAUUUUACCAACCAAGAAGUGGUAGAGGCACUGCGAAACACGGGACAGACCGUUCGUCUCACCUUGCUCAGAAGGAAACCUUCCUUUACUGUUUCUUCAGGAACUCCUUCAGGUAGAGGAAGAGUCCCACUCCCUCCAGCACAUGAGCUGAAAUCCAAAUGGGAAAACCUGCUGGGACCAGAAUAUGAAGUUAUGGUUGUGAAUGUGGAUAUGCCCUUUAGAGACGACUCAGAGCUCCAGAAGUACUCUAAGCUGUUGCCCAUCCACACUCUAAGAUUAGGAGUUGAGCUGGACACUUUUGAUGGACACCAUUAUAUAUCAUCCAUUGCUUCAGAUGGCCCAGCUGCAGCCCUUGGUCUUCUGCAACUGGAGGAUGAACUUCUGGAGGUGAAUGGGGUGCAGCUGUGUGGGAAGUCCCGGCGUGAGGCUGUCACCUUCCUCAAGGAGGUGCCACCCCCCUUCACCCUGGUGUGCUGCCGGCGCCUCUUCGGUGACGGCACCGAGUCUUUGGUGGACGAGCCCCCCGUGGCAGUCUGCCCUCCAGAGCAGAAGGUGAAACCUGAGGAAGACUUUAAUCUUGAGGAGGAAGAAGGGGAAUUGGCAUUAUGGUCUCCUGAUGUGAAGGUUAUUGAGCUGGAGAAAGACAAAAAUGGUUUAGGAUUCAGCAUUUUAGACUAUCAGGAUCCCUUGGAUCCAGCAGGAACAGCCAUUGUGAUCAGCUCCCUGGUGGCAGGAGGGGUGGCCGAGCGCGGGGGGCAGAUCCUGCCCGGCGACCGCUUGGUGUUCGUCAAUGAGAGGCACCUGCACGGUGCCACCCUGGCAGAGGCAGUGGAAGUGCUCAAAUCUGUGCCCCCAGGCACGGUUUCCCUUGGAAUCUGCAAGCCUUUAGUGGGAGAAAGCAGAGAGGAGGAGAACAUGCACGGUGUGGAUACCAGCAGCACCAAAAGCAGACCUGGGUCUCCAGAACCAACAGAUAACACAAAUUUCUCAGUAAUACUUGAAGCACCACAGGGUUUCAGAGAUGAGGUGCCUUUUAAAGAAGAACUCGUUGAUGAGCCCCAUUUGGACUUGGGGAGGUCGUUUCAGCUUCCUCAGCGGGAUGAUGAGGAUGGGAAGGAGUCCUGGGAGAUGUGUGAAUUCCUGAAAGCCCCAGCAGAGCACGUGCAGGAGGAACGGGAGAUGUUGGUGGACGAGGAGUAUGAGGAGGACUCGGAAUUCCUGAAGGGUGAUGAUGCAUCAGGUGCAGAGAAGGCAGCUCCAGGCAGGAGCCUGGAGACAGAACGAUGGGCAAAGCAACUGGAGACUGCUGAAAUACAGGAUUUAAGAUCCCUGAGUCCCAAAGAGCCCCUGGAAUAUCCAUUCAGUAAAGAUCAGAUGUGUGAAGAGAAUGCUGCUAUAAGGUCACACUUUUCUGGAACCACAGCACACAGCAGCUACCAAAAAGACAUAUUUGAUACUGAAACUGCCCAGUCAGAAGUGAAAGCUGAGAUGGAUUUAGGGACAAAGCGUCAGAGUGACUCCAAAGGACCUGAGCUCGCUGCUGAUUCAGGAGCAAUUGGAAAGGAAGCUCUAAAAGAGGAGAAUUGUGUUUUUCCCAAGAACCAGGAGUCUGGGAGAGUAACCACCUCAGCUCAGCCUAGAACAGCAUCAGGCAGUGAAUUACCCGAGAGAGAAGAAGGAGAAGGAGAAGAAACUCCAAACUUCAGCCACUGGGGACCACCACGGAUUGUUGAGAUCUUCAGAGACCCUCACGUGUCUCUUGGAAUCAGCAUUGUUGGUGGACAAACUGUCAUAAAGCGCCUGAAGAAUGGAGAAGAACUUAAAGGGAUCUUUAUCAAACAAGUUUUGGAAGACAGCCCAGCAGGAAGAACGAGAGCUUUAAAAACUGGAGAUAAAAUACUUGAGGUUUCUGGGGUAGACCUGCAGAAUGCCACCCACGAGGAAGCAGUAGAAGCCAUCAAGAAUGCAGGAAAUCCUGUGGUGUUUGUAGUCCAGGGCUUGGCCAAUGUACCAAAAGUGGUUUCUCCUGCCCAGCCUAAGGGAAUCAAAGUCAGCAAAGAUCAGGAUGCAGACAAAGAAAAGAAGAGUGAUAAGAGGAAAUAUGGGGCUCCACCUCCCAUGAAGCUGCCACCUCCUUACCGAGCACUCGACAGGCAGCACGCAGGGGAGGCUGCUCGGGAUGAGGAGGAGGAUGAGGGUGCUUGUGCAGAGGAGAAAAUCAGGCAGAGAUAUGCAGAUCUCCCAGGGGAAUUGCACAUCAUCGAGCUCGAGAAGGACAAGAAUGGGCUGGGGCUCAGCCUGGCUGGCAACAAGGACCGCUCCAGGAUGAGCAUCUUCGUGGUUGGGAUCAAUCCCGACGGCCCCGCGGGGCGGGACGGGCGGAUGCACAUCGGGGAUGAGCUCCUGGAGAUAAACAAUCAGAUCCUGUAUGGAAGGAGCCACCAGAAUGCUUCUGCAAUCAUUAAAACUGCCCCCUCAAAGGUCAAGCUGGUUUUCAUACGAAGUGAAGAUGCAGUCAACCAGAUGGCUGUCACUCCCUUCCCUCUGCCUUCAGGCUCCCACUCUGCCAUUGAGGACCACGGUGGCACCGACCCUGCCGGCGGCGAGGGAGGCCCGAGUUUGGAAGUUGUCAUGAAAAGUUUGAGUGAUGAGGAGCCCAACCAAGCUGACGUGAAAUCUAAAGCUGACACACCAAUGGUGGCAGAUCAGCAGGAGACAGAGGAGCAGCUCCCAGAAAAUGUCCUCAACCAGCUCAAACAGCCCAAAUCCUCCACCAAAGCCCCAGCGAGCUCCCAGGAGACACCCCUGGAGCCAGCCCCUCCUCACCUUCCUCCAGAAGCAGAAGUCACCAGCCGUGGUGUCUUCCCACCUCCCCUGCCUGUGGAUCCAGCAACUUGUGCCAUAGUUCCAGGGCAGGAGAUGACCAUAGAGAUCUCCAAGGGCCGCUCAGGCCUGGGGCUCAGCAUCGUCGGGGGCAAAGACACUCCACUGGACGCCAUCGUGAUCCAUGAAGUUUAUGAAGAAGGGGCAGCAGCCCGAGAUGGCAGACUGUGGGCUGGUGAUCAGAUUCUGGAGGUGAACGGGAUCGACCUGCGCAGCGCCAGCCACGAGGAGGCCAUCACGGCGCUGAGGCAGACGCCCCACAAGGUGCAGCUGGUGGUGUACAGGAACGAGGCACACUACAAGGACGAGGAGAACUUGGAGGUUUUCUCUGUGGAUAUCCAGAAGAAAGCGGGCCGAGGGCUGGGGCUCAGCAUAGCUGGGAAAAGAAAUGGAAGUGGAGUGUUUAUCUCUGACAUUGUUAAAGGAGGAGCUGCAGACCUAGAUGGAAGAUUAAUUCAAGGAGAUCAGAUUUUGUCUGUAAAUGGGGAGGAUAUGAGAAAUGCCUCACAAGAGACUGUUGCCACUAUACUUAAGUGUGCUCAAGGCCUGGUGCAUCUCGAGCUGGGGAGAUUGCGAGCUGGGUCAUGGCUGUCAUCACGGAAAACAUCCCAAAACAGUCAGGCAAGCCAGCAGAGCGUCCACAGCCACUUCCACCCCGCGCUCGCUCCCGUCCUCUCCACCUUGCAGAGCUUUGUCAGCACAAAAAGAUCCUCAGCAGACACGUCCCAGAGAAGCUCAGUAGGAGCCGAUAUGGGCCCAAGGACUGUGGAGAUAACGAGGGGCCCAAAUGAUGCCCUGGGUGUCAGCAUAGCAGGAGGGAAGGGCAGUCCCCUGGGGGACAUCCCCAUCUUCAUCGCCAUGAUCCAGGCCAGCGGCGUGGCCGCGCGGACACAGAGGCUCAGAGUUGGAGAUCGGAUUGUCAGCAUUAAUGGGCAACCUUUGGAUGGGCUGUCUCAUGCAGAUGCAGUUAAUCUACUAAAGAAUGCUUAUGGGAGCAUUAUCCUGCAGGUGGUGGCUGACACCAACAUCAGUGCCAUUGCCAGCCAGCUGGAGAGCAUGUCCACGGCCAGCCCCAGCCCGCCCGAGCACCCCGCCGAGGAUCCUGAAGCACCUCAACCUAAGAUUAUUACUUUGGAGAAAGGCUCUGAUGGACUGGGAUUUAGUAUUGUAGGGGGGUAUGGAAGUCCCCAUGGAGACCUGCCCAUUUAUGUCAAGACUAUAUUUGCCAAGGGCGCGGCGGCCGAUGACGGACGGCUGAAGCGCGGGGAUCAGAUCGUGGCCGUCAACGGCGAGGCCCUGGAAGGCGUCACCCACGAGCAGGCUGUGGCCAUCCUGAAGCGCCAGAGGGGCACGGUGACACUGACGGUGCUGUCCUGAGACACAGGGUCCCUUCAGGCCAUCCCCAGCCCCCGGCAGAGCCUGGCAGACGUGGAGCAGCAUUCCCGCAUCUCCAGCUUCAUUCGGCCUCCGCGGUUUCUUUUUUUUCCCAGCCUUUCUCCCCGCCCUCCACGACUUCUGGUGGCUUCGCAGGUUUCUCUGGAUGAUUUAAUUAAAGGAACUUAAAAGGACAAGACUGGUUCUGGUUUAUUUAAGGCGUGGCUGAACCCCAGUUGCGACUGCCGGACCUGGAAUGGACUCGCACACAAAAAAGAAUUCAGAUUAUCACCUGAUCCCAUCUGAGGAGCAGGAAUGAACGCCAAGCGACUUGUCAUCUCACUCAUGAUUUACUUAUGCUAAUUGUUCUUUCAAGUAUGCCAGAAAACAUUAGCAAUGUAAUUAAAUUACCGCUGUUCCAAAUGAUGAAAUAUCAAAUUCUCCUCUGGGAAAUUAUUUGUGCUCGGCACAGUAAGUCUGAUAGUCAAAUGUGAACUUCUCAUGUUUAUCUCUUUGGGUAGGUCUAUGGAAGUUAGUCAGAGGUAAUUACUGUGAUGUGUCAAUUUGCAGCCUUUAGCAUGAAAAACAAACGAGGGGAGAGGGAAAUUUAUUUUUUUAGGCUUUUAAAAUGUUUGAGCCUUUUCAGAUAUUUAGGCAGCAUGAACAACAACAGCGUAGCUCAUUCUAUUCUAAUUAUAUUUUUUAAGAAGAAAUGUGCUGAUACACGCUAGGCAUGUCGCAUACAAAGGCAGUUGUUGUCAUGCCAAGCUGCAGCAUAAUUGUUCAUCCUGAAACUUUAAUGAAGACAAAAAGUUUGCUUUGGGAAUGUGAUCCUGUAAUUCUAGGAGUGACAGUGAGCAGUCCCUGCGGCUCGAUGGAGUUCAUCCUCGCCAACAAACUGAUGAACAUUCCCAAUUCUCCCCAGGAUCAGGCAGUGCAAGGAAGAGGCUUGCAUGGAUCGUGGAGGAUGCUCCAGAGUCAGUUUUGGGUAACACUGGGCACAGCAGGCAGUGCUGGGAUGAUCUCCCACAGCCACGUGCAGCACUUUGGGAUGAGUUCCUCAACCCCCUCCAGCUCCCUUCAAUCCCCCAGCCAAUUUUUGGGGGGUCUGAAGCCCACAAGGAGCCUUCCCAAGGCUGGACCCCUCUGGGCCAGUCCUACUGUGGAGGAGGGUGCAGGAAUGUUCAGGCAGAAGUUCCCAGCUUCAUUCAGUCCCAGCCAUCCCAAGCAGUGAUUGCAUGAGUGUGGCCUUGGUGAUUUAGCAGAUGAAUUUGGGAAGCAGAUUCCUGCCUGUGCAAGGCCUGGUGGGUUAAUGUUCCUGUCCACAGGAGCAGGAGGGGUUUGGAGGAAGCAGCCCAGUCUGACUGGACUAUUUGGUGUAAUUUAUAAUGGUGGUCUAGCUGGGAGAAAUGAAAGAGGGACCGGGGUCAGAAUUGGCUGCUCAUGUUGUGUGAAAAAUUCCAGGAAUUAAAUGGAAAGAAUGUUGAAAAUCUGCAGUUCAAUAACUGAGCAGUGUAGGGGAUGUCAAAGGUGCAGUUGUGCUGUGUAAUUUAGUGGAAUUUUCCCCAUUUUUACAUACAGGAACCAGUCCUGAAGCGAGGUAAACUACAUUGAGACAGGAAUGCUGUGAUAAGUUCUCGUGGAAAAGGGUUUUCCUUAUUUUCUUGGAAAAUUUUCCGUAACUUUAGGCAAUCACAAAGUGCAUUUAGCCUGCUGGAACCAUUGGUGGGUAUUCCCUUAAUAGUGCCUGGAAGAGACUUCUCAUUUUCAGUGGAUUCCCUGUUUGAUUUGCCAAGGGAGGUGUGAGUGGAAUCUUGAUUGCAGACUCCAGACUGGAAUAUCUCCAGAUGCAGAAAACUGGAGAAUUCUUAACAAGCUGCUUUGGUUGCACAAGUAUCCGAGGCAUGCAGGGGUUCAAGGUGAGGUGUGAGGAGGCACCCUCAGCAGCAGUGUGUGGAAUUUAUCAUCCAAAGGGAAUGAUUCCUCUGUCCUGUGUUUUUAUGGCCGUUGCAUUCCGACCCCGAGGCGUUGCCACAUUUAAUCAAUGAAGUUGUACACGGCUAUUUAUUAGCCUGUGAUGCACAUGCAGGGCAUAGACAUAAAUAAUAGAAUUUAUGGGCUGAGACAUUUUGCACUUCUCGUUGCUCAGAAGGAGAGAGAACAUUUUCUGCUUCUUGUAAUUUGCACUUUGUGUGUUCGACUAUAUUACUGCCAAAAAAGAAAAUUAUAUUGCAACUAAUUGAUAAACCAGUGACCAUGCUCCACGUGCAGGACCAAGGCAGAAAAUUCAAUUUGCACCACGCUUGUCUGGGUGGAGGUGUUCUGGUUUGUUUAAAACUUUAUUUCUGCGCAAGGGAAAAAGCAAUUAAACCUCCUGAUGUAUGUUUACGUAGAUCAGUACAAUGAGACGUUUUCUGACUUCAGAGGUUCUAAAUAAAGCUCGGUUGCGUAAGUAGGUGUGCAUUUAUUUUAUUCUGUAUUUUAAUUGAAGUCAGCAUUAAAAGCUAUUGAGAUGUUGCCCUGA